AGAUCUCAUCGAUUGCCAGCUCGAAGCUGACUACACUCCGACCCGCGCCAUCUAAUUCCGUUAUCUUGCUCGCUUAUCUGAGCGAGCGUCUUGACAAUAAUAACUCCUUCGAUAAUUGCCGAGUUUUGUGGCGCUGCGUCCAGGGUGCUGCGUAAUCGCGCCGUGCCUGAUAACGGCUAUGUGAAAGCUUUCCAAAGUUUUCAGUACGUUCCCGAUCGGUACCCUAUCUGGAUUAUUGUUGAGCGUUGCUCGCACGCGCAAAGUCCGCCGAUGUGCGAGCACAGAAGCAACGCUUGUUAGCAUCGCGGAACGUAAAAACCGAGCUUGCCGUCUUGCUUUCUGGUUUCUGCAACGCGAGCGGCAUACGCUAGUUAAUUAUUUGAUUUUCGUCACUCAGCAUCGUGGGAAACUCAUCGCCAUGACACCCCCCGCCACCGUCUUCGCCGCCUUCUCGGUCCUCAAAGACCACGUGAAAUUGAAAAUCAACCAGAACUCGGUGUCCAUCGACAAUAUCGUUUUCAGACUGCACUACAGAGCUACGUUUCUGCUGCUUCUCGUUGCGUCGAUCCUCGUGUCCUCCAGGCAGUUUAUCGGGGAACAUAUAAGAUGUAUCACCGACACCGGGAUACCGACCAAAGUCAUCGAGACCUAUUGCUUCUUCAUGUCCACGUACACCGUGGUGAAGCAUCUGAACGCUACCGCGUUGGAGAACGGUGAAAUACCGCAUCCGGGGGUUGGCCCGAUGAGCAAAGACGACCCCGUCAUCCACCACCAUUACUAUCAAUGGGUGCCGUUCGUCCUGUUCUUCCAAGCGCUUCUCUUCUACCUGCCGCACUACAUGUGGCGAAAGGCGGAAGGCGGUCGGCUGAAAAUGCUGGUAUCAGGAUUACACCUGGCGUCUCUGUCGCUCAGCGAGCAAGAGCUGAAGGUAAACGAUAACAUGAAAAUACCGUCGAUGAAGGAGCGCGACGAGAAGAUACAGCAGAUCCGCAUCGCCUUCAUAAACCGCCUGCACCUGAACCGUCCGUGGGCAUACUUCCUCGGCUUUUGCGAGGUCCUGAAUUUAAUGAACGUGAUGAUGCAAAUUUACCUGACCAACUGGUUCCUCGGCGGUGCCUUCCUGACCCUGGGCCAGGCGGUGUCCGAGCCGUUACCAAAGGACAAGAUGAAUCCGCUCGACGUUAUCUUUCCGAAGGUGACCAAGUGCAUCUUCCACAAGUACGGUCCUUCUGGCACCAUACAGAAGCACGACGCGCUGUGCGUGAUGGCGCUCAACAUCGUUAACGAGAAGAUCUAUACGGUCCUCUGGUUCUGGUUCGUUGUGCUGGCGUUGAUAACCGGUUUGGGAUUGCUUUGGAGACUGCUGACCAUGGUCCUUCACGCCAGGAGCACGACAUUCAACAAGAUAGUGUUCACCAUAGCUUGCCCCGGAAAGUACAACCCGUGGAACGUGCUCAAGGUCACGCAUGAGUAUUACUUCGGUGACUGGUUGUUCCUCUACUACAUCGCUAAGAACCUGGACAACUACGUGUUCAAGCAGCUCCUGCAGGAGCUGGCGGAGGACCUGGAACAUCGGCACCACGCGCGUUACAAAAUCGUGCCGGUAGACGUGGAGCAAGAGUUGCUGAAAGUGAACAAUUGAAGAAAGUAGGAGGAGUGGGAGAUCAAGCAAUGAACCUUCGAAAAAACGAUCAUCGAUCGCUGAACAGUGAAUAUUUUUCUUUCAGCCAUCCUAACUUUUGGAGGAACACGAAAGACACUAGAGUGAAACAGUUAUGAUCUUUCCGCAACGUUUUCGCACUAUUGCCUCGGACAGCAGCUCAAGUCUUGACUUAUUAUAAUUUCUUAUAUUGAGACUUAUUAUAAUUAUUAUAAUUAUAAUUUCAGUAUACUGGAAAUUUCUAAAAAAUUCGCGCGGGAAGAGGUUUACAGGAAGCCAAUAGUAUUUUAAUUACUACAAAUAAAUUAAAUAUUGUUAUAAAAUAAAGGAGUAAGUAUUCGAUAUUUGUGAUAAUUAAUAAAUUCAUAUAUCAUACAAAUAUCGAGUAUUCGCUCAACGAGUAAGUAGAAAUCCGCGAUCGCGUAUCGAUGCUGCAGUCUCGGAUGUUUUACAACUUUGUCACGUCGCGAUUACGUGUUCGAGACUGUCCCGCACAGAGGCGCAAUGCGCCGAGCAGCGACAUUGUGCACGCUGUCUGCUGUGCACGUAUAUGCGCAAGCUAUUGUCGUAACUCUGCCAAACGCCGAGAGAUUGCCCCUUUGAAACGAACGCGGACGCGCGUUAGCGCGAUUUAUCGCGAUUGCAGGAUAAUGCGUCUCGCGUGCACCGCAAAUUCGCGUUUGCGAGCACACAUGUGCGCGCCACGCGUGACACAACUGCAUCGUCACGAUCGCAUAUCCGAUCGCGUCUUUUAACGAUCCCGCCUGCUCGGGAAGCCUGCGUGCAUGCGCUCGCAGCAUGUAUGUAUGUAUGUGUGUACAUAUGUACACGCGUGCAAAUAGCGCACGGCCUCCGUACGUUGCUCCGACCCGAUAAACGACUGGACAAUAGUUCGGCUUGUUAAGUCGUUAAACCAUUGAUUGGAAUUGUGCCGUGGCCUACUAUCGACCAGUCGCAUUCGAUACGAUUUAGACUUUACGACAACUGCAUCGGAUUCUGCAGCCGUUUAUCAGUUUAGCACUCCGUUGCGCGUCUCAGAAACGUUCGAAAAUCCCGACGUCAGCUGCAGACGCGUUUUUGCUUCGUACAUUAGCACCUUUCGGGCGUCAAUAUUUAUAAUGUAAAUGAGAAAUAUCAUUUUCAUGCGAACCAUGUCCAGCUAAAUAAUUGUAUUUAAUUACUCAUGAAAACAUAUAGCGAGAGAAGAAAAAUGUCAAGAGACUUUAUAUGUCUUUUUCCUUUAACAUGUGUUCUUGUUUUAAAGAUAAUGGCAUGAACAUGUUGUACACACGUGCAUCUUUGAUACAAAUAAAUAAAAAUAAAAAAAAACAAUUAAAACAGAAUAA